UUGUCACAAUCUAAAGAGUCCCUUAAUAGCCUGCUCUGUAUAGCCGACAGCUUUUAUGAAUUAAAUUCUAUCCAGAUACCUUGGCAUUUGAAUCUCGAUGUCGAACAACAAACAGUUCAUUCAAAAACAAGUUCAACUAGAUUUGCAUACAGCUACCCACGCCUUACGCCCAAAA